CAUAUUUCUUCCCCCUUCUGUUUAUUAAUAAAUGUAUACAGAUAAAACGUUGCCCGAGAGACCAGUGGCAUAUGUUUAAACUCGGUCAGAGAGAGGCCAGACUACUGCUGUCCAAUUUUCAUGUUCAGUUGACCACCAGCUUUACACUUUGGGUUCACUUCAUGGUUAUUGUCCUGGAAACCCGUUAUCUGAGUUGAGGUCAACAUACAAAAUGGAGGAUCAAGAAAUGAACUUUGAGCAAGCUUAUGGGUCUCUAUUGGAGACGGACAAAACGUUCGAACCCUUAUUCAUUGAGGAAGAUGAAGAUUACUUUGAAGACUGCUUGGAAGAGAUUGAAGCUGCUCUAACUCUUCCUGGAGAGUCCAUGCCUUAUUCAGUAAAAUGCAGAGAAGCUUUGCAAGCUGAGUUUAAUGGACUUAUGCAACAGAUGUUGGCACAGUUAGAUGUUUUUGAUGCAGCCCAUCCAACUACUGUACCAAUGGAGUUGUUUUCAGAAACAGCGAACACAAUGGACAAAAAUGGAUUCACAAAAACAGUCGAGUUUGGAGAGACAUGCAUUUCUGAGAAAGAGCAAACUGUGCUGGAGGUUGAAGAUAAUGCCGUUGGCAUUCCUGUCGAGGCAAAGCCUGAGUUGUCUACCACCAUGGAAAUACAAAACCUCAGCGAAGCAUUUGAGAGCUGUAUUGAGGAGGUGGGCCAGUUGGAGCGCAGAAGGGUUGAGCUGGUUCAGGAGCUUCUGGAGCUGGAGGAGCCCAUGGCCCAAGAGCUGCAGACUGUGAGGGAGGCUCUUGGGGAAGAACAAGGCCUCCUGUCCAAAGUCAGACUGGAAAGACAGAGCCUGCAGGAGGAAACUCAUAAGACCAAGAGAUGCCUCUUCAUAGCGGCCCGAGACUGUGUACAGAGACAAGUGCAGCUUGAAUUACAACAGAAAGAGGUGGAGCAGCUCAACCAAGCUCAGGAGGAGCUGAAUGCCCUUGCUGUUAAGCUGACUGAGGAGAUUGCCAAGAUCCAUUCAGAUCACCAAAGCCACCUGCAGGAACUACAAAAACAGCUGAACACCACACAGGAAUCCAGCAAGAAGAAAAAUCCCUCUUAUGUAACUCAAGGACGACGGGCCUCUUGUGACCUCCAGCAGUACCUGCAUGAUGGGAUCAAAGCUCUGGAGGAGUUCUACGAGCCCCGGUUAGUGUCUCUGCUGAAGAGACGGGAGGCCACCAUGGAUGCCCUCAGUAAGGCUAAAGAUCAGUGCCAGGAGCUGAGGGCCCAGUUAGGACCGCUGAGAGAAGAGGAGGAGAUGCUGAGACUCCAGAGAACUUGUCUGGAGGAGAGGAUCCAACUAAUGGAGAGACAGAGGAGGGAAAAUGUGGAACAAUAUCGGGACACAGUUGAUGACUUAGAGGAGCACAUCAGAGAACUGAAAACUGAGCUCAAGAUUCAGAUAAAGAAGACAGAAGAAUUGGAUAUGCUGAAGAACAACACGGCCGAAGAGCUGUCCUUCUACAGAGAGCAUGUAGAGGGCACCUGCAAGCAAGAGAACAGUGUGGUGGUGGUGGAAAAAAGCUAAUGAAAUAAAAGUUGUGUUAUUAUCCAAUUAGUUAUGUGAACUGCGUUUGAUAUAUUGUUUUAUAGUUAAAUCGAAACUGCCUGUCUUCUCUUAUUAAUAGUAUCAUUAAUAGUCAAUCACCAAAACAAUAAGACCAGUUAACUGAAGACGCACAACAGUGUUUUCUGCAAAGGUCAAAUUUGAUUAUUUAAAGCACUCUGAACAGUAAGCACCAAUUGUGUCAGAUAACCAGAUCUUUAUCUGACAAGUCACAUGGUUCAGAAUGUUUAAAACACUGUUUUGGUUGUGUGUAUAAGAGGGAAUAAAGCUCAUAUAUAAG